AGUCUCUUACAGAAUUUGUUCAUUGACUUGGCGGUCAUUCUACAGAGAUUUUGAAACAUAGUUUUGCUUCAAAAUAUGGCUUCUGUAUCCGAUCCUAAACGACGACUUAAAAUCCAGACUGGAGUAGUAAAGAGCCACGAUGUCAAAAUUGUCAUUAUCUGUUUUGUUUGGAGUGCUUGUUUUGACAUUGUAAAAAUGGUUGUUACGGGUCAGUUCUCUUUCCACGGAGCUGCAAUACAUUUCCCUCAAGGUUACAGAGGCAAAGUUGUUUUAAAUUAUGUUAUUAAAUGGCAGAUUGAAGUACUUGAGGAGUCCAAGAUCAUGAUUCCAGACUGCAAAAGACGGCUCAAGACUGCUUAUAAUGAGUUAACAAAUCUUGUGGCAGAAACAGAGAAAGACUUUGGUACAACAGAGGAACACAAAACUGCCAAGGAAAUGAUGGAAACAACUGUUCUAGAAGAUUGAGAAUUGAUGCAUCUCGUGAAACUUAAUCAAUCAGACAAACAAAUAAAACAAAAAAAUGUAGCAUUCUGGUUCCUUGGAUGUUAACAAGGUACAUUUACAGCCUACACUUUUUAAAUAUUUAUGUUAUCUGUGUGUAAAAAGAUAUUAAUGAACCCUGUACUUUGAGACCAAUUAUUUUUACUUUUCUAAGACAUCUUGAUGAAAGUUAGGAGAAUGAAAAGUUUGACAUGCGCAACUGUGUGAAAUUUUGCGGUGAGUAAAUCCUGUGUUUUGAGUA